ACUCAAGGAGUGUGAUUCUUGCGGGAGGUACAAUGUCACCUGUAUGUUAAAUUCCGUUCCCUUGGACGAAAAGGAAGUGACAAGUUGAUGUCUCGUUUAUUUGGUAGAUGGAAGAUUAUGCAGAACAUUUGUUUCCCUAUUUGGAUACAGGUCGACUCGAAACUUUUAGCUAUGGCCACGUGAUACCUCCUGAUAAUCUGGCAGCAAUCCCAGUAGUCAGGGGAACUUGCAAUACCGAGUUUGAUUUUACUUACGGGAAACGAAAUGAUGAGAGCAUGAUAAUUGAUCUUGGCAGGACCAUCGCAGCAUUGUGCUGUGUUAUACCAGAUGGUGUCGUGGUUUUUUUCCCAAGUUACGACUACUUAAAACAAGUUUUGAUGAUCUGGAAAAAGCAUAUCCCAACUACAGGAUCUAGCAUCAUCGAUUCGAUCCAAAGAUCCAAAGCUGUCUUCCACGAGUCCCAAGACAAAGCUACAGAUGUUGACGAAUUACUUCAAGGUUAUUCUAGCGCCAUUAACACUGGAUCCCGGGGUGGCGCGUUGCUCUUGUCAGUUAUGGGUGGGAAGUUGUCUGAAGGAAUCAAUUUCUCUGAUAAGCUGGGCAGAGGGGUGGUAGUCGUUGGGCUCCCGUUUCCAAACAUCCGUAGUGCGGUAUGGCAAGCUAAAAUACAACACGUGGAGUCCAAAGCCUAUGAAUCGUACUUAUCCCUGUCAUCAUCGUUAGACCAGGACCAUAAGGGCAAAGAGAUUUCGGAGGAAAAUCGCAAGUUGAAGGCGAAAUCUGCUGGGAGGGAGUUCUACGAGAAUGCAUGCAUGAGGACUGUGAACCAAUGUAUUGGUCGGGCAAUCAGACACCAGGGUGAUUACGCUGCGAUCCUUAUGAUGGAUAGACGGUAUAGCAGUCUACGCAUACAGAACAAGCUACCAAGUUGGAUUCGACAAAGCCUGAAAAUCCUGACACACACAUUAAGCGAGACAUCAAGAACCUCUUGGGCCUUGAGCUUGCAACCACGUCAAUCUCAUCUCAACGCUCAACACCCCGACAGCCUUGUCGAAUCCAAUAUCGUCGACAAGAUGCCUACCCGACUUUCAAAGACGAGAAAGAGCCGUGGCCAUGUUUCCGCUGGCUACGGUCGAAUUGGAAAACACCGCAAGCAUCCCGGUGGCCGCGGUAUGGCUGGUGGCCAGCACCACCACCGGACUAAUUUAGACAAGUACCAUCCAGGUUACUUUGGAAAGGUCGGCAUGAGAUAUUUCCACAAGACGCAGAACAAGUUCUGGAAACCCAUCAUAAACCUUGAUAAGCUAUGGUCACUCAUCCCCGUCGCAACCCGUGAUGCCUAUGUGAAAAAUCAGAAACCCAAUACCGCCCCCGUUCUCGACUUGCUCCCUCUCGGCUACUCCAAGGUCCUUGGCAAAGGCAGACUCCCAGAGAUUCCAGUUGUUGUUCGGGCUCGAUACUUCAGCAAAGAGGCUGAGCGGAAGAUCAAAGAGGCUGGUGGUGUUGCUGAGCUCGUUGCAUAAAUACGAUGUGUGCAUGGUGUGUUGCAUGCGAAUUGUUUGAUUUGGACGCAAAUUAUAAUGAAUGGGUGUUAAGGGUGGUCUUUUUAAACGCAUGUAAUUUUCUAUUCUUUUUUUGUGUCAAGGCCUGUUAGAGCAGUGUCAGGCUUGAUACUUUUCACGAAAGAGAAAAGAAUCAAAAGACUUUGUGUCACGGAUCACUUCUUCGGAAAGCACCAAGGUUGCCGUUAUUCCGCCAUAUGCCAAAGUGCGAAAGAUAUUGGGCUGGAGCAUAAGGGUUCUAUCAUGGUGCAUUCGAAAACUUAAAGCUUUAAUUCCUUUCCUAUUAAAAAAGGGGCAAAAGGAAAAAAAACUACGAUAUAAGAUAGAAUACCUCAAGUGGAAUGAAAAACAACUGAUUCCAUUCUUUUCAAAGCUACUUUUUUGGUUGUGUCUGACAAGGAACUGUGUCUAUAUGCACGCGCCGCUGACAUGACAUCAAUGGAUUGUAGAUGGAGAAAUCCGAUUGAAUUUAUUUCAAAUGUCCCAUUCUCAAAGGUUCAUUACCUACAGGAACGUGGAUAUCGUCUCCUAGGGUACUACAAAAGAAUCAUCGCGGACACCUGUGUGUAUGCGUGUCAGCGAUGUUAAUCUAGGAAACAGAGAACAAAACACUAGACGUGGCUCUUCUAUAUCUUCGACGUGAGCACCUUGGGCUGCGCGCUCUCAGCGCACGUUGCAAGGGUUUCCCCAAUAAACCGAAUUGCCUGCUCCAUCAUCGCGGGGGUAACCUCGUGUCCCGCGUCUUCAAAUAUGAGAUCCUCUAACGUCACAGCUCCAUUGGCAAACCACCCGCCUGGCGAAAUCGCCUUUUUCAGCCACAUCAGAAACGGCUCUCCUCGCGCGUAUGGGACCAACUUAUCCUUACCACCAGAGAUCAGCAUGAUUCUUUUCCCCUGUAGACACCGUGUUAUGAGUGGGCCGAUGACUUUCUUUUCAUGAUCGGUGGGUUCGGGAAGGAUGCCAUGGAGCAUGGGUUCUGAGACGAUAGGGUCGCCCAGCUGGCUCAGGAAGAAUCUAGCAGGAUCGUAUUUCCUGAUGGCAUCCAUGAGCGACUGUGGGAAGGAUUCGGAGCCGAGGAAUUGGGAGCCUGGCGGUGUGGAAUCUUUCCAAGAGGAUAGUUUGGAGAGUUUGGCACGUUCAGUCAUUAGGCUUGUGUAGUCUGGGGUGCCAAUGAUGAUGACGGCAUUAGUGACUCGGGGUUCGUGUAGGAGGCAGCUCCAUACUGAGUGGCCACCGAGAGAGACACCGAGGGCAAGGUUAGUUGUGAUUUU